AUGUCUUUAAUAUGGAAGUAUUUCUCACUUUCUGGAAGAGUAGCGUUCUGCAAAAGUUGUAAAUUUUCAAAAAACUACCCGCCACGUUCGCCAACAACAUUUUUAAUCUCACAUUUAUGUGCCAGUCAUCCAGAAUUGUAUGAUGAUUUUUUAGCGAAAAGAAAAGCAAAGGUGCCACAACAACAGACAUUAAAAAGGUUUAAGAUUCUAAUAAGUUUAUUUUAA